ACAGAGAGCGAGAGAGAGAGAGAGAGAUGCGGAGAAGAUGGGCAUGGGGUUUUAGAAAAGCCCUCGACUUCGCUAGGGGUUCAGAGAGCUUUUCUUGGGUUAGAAUGGACAAUGGAGGGCUGGCAAUGGGUUUGGCAUGGGGAUGGAGUGAGAUUUGUGUUGUGUCUGAAAAGGUGAGCAUGCUUUUAGCUUUGCUUUCGACAAAAAUCUGCAUUUUCUCAAUCAGUACACAGAUGAUGAGAAAGAAAUCUCAAUAACUGCCACUCUCAAGCUGCGGCCCGUCUGUCUCUUAUUGAUUGUCAUUAUCAUUUGAGAAUUUUGUGCGUUGAUGACUCGAGCAAGUUGUUUCUCCCUUUUGGGUUGAUGGCAAUCCAUAUGAAGGAUAUGGGGAAUGUUUGUGUUUUCAGUUAAUACGCCAUCACUGUAUGCCAAAAUACAUGGAUCUUCAGGAGGAAAACUUUAAUUUUGCAUCAGUACCGGACAAUUUGCCAUCGACAUCAUCUUCAGCCACUGAGUUGACCUUCUCUCCAAGUUUGCCAACACGUCCAAGCUCAAGUGGCCCAUUUCAUGAUAUUCAUUCAUGUAUUGACCCCCUCAGUUCCAAUUCUAGAAAUCAAGACAUGCAAUCUUUGAGAGGCGCGAGCUUCGCUUCAUCAGACAUGUUACUCACAGGGGUUGUACGUGGUCCAAGCAAUUACAAAUGGUUAAGUGAUUGCAAACGGCUUGGUCAUAUUUCAACCUCAACUGAAACUUCUUCCAGCAGUCCAUCUAGUUAUGUCCAUGGUUAUGACAACUAUUAUUCUAAAAAUGAAGGGAGAUUUAAAGAGUUUGGAGGAGGCCAUAUAUGUUCUGUUCAUGUUCCUUCCUCAAAUGACAUUUCUAGCAGCAGUCCAUGUAGCUGUGCCCCUGGCUGUGGCAUUGAUUGUCCUGAGCAGAAAGAAAUGCUGGAAAAGUAUGGUGGAGGCCAAGAGAUCCCAGUUAGUCCAACUUUAGCUUCACUUACAACCAAUACAAUAAGGAACUAUGAUGUCUAUAUAGGUUUUCAUGGUACCAAGCCUUCUUUGCUUAGAUUUGCUGACUGGCUCCGUGCAGAAUUUGAAGUUCAAGGGGUGACUUGCUUUGUAGUUGACAGAGCCCGUAGUAGGGACUGUAUGAAACUUUUAAACUCUGGGAAGGCAAUGAAUGUCUCAACUUUUGGAGUGAUACUUAUCACUAAAAAGUCCUUCAAGAAUCCUUAUACUAUUGAGGAGUUGCAACUAUUCUCAAGCAAGAAAAAAUUGGUUCCCAUAUUUUUUAAUUUGAGGGCGAGUGAUUGCAUAGUAACAGAUAUUGUUGAAAAGCGGGGGAAGUUGUGGGAAAAGCAUGGUGGUGAGCUAUGGAUGCUUUAUGGAGGUUCAGAAAAUGAAUGGAAAGAAGCUGUUGAUGGCCUUUUUCAGGCCAAUGAGUGCAACUUGGAGGCUCAUGAAGGUACCUGGAGAGAUUGCAUAUUCAAUACUGUGACUCUUUUGGCGGUGAGGUUAGGAAGAAGAAGCGUAGUGAAGAAAUUGACCAAGUGGAGAGAGAAGGUGGAAAAAGAGGAGUUUCCUUUACCUCGUAAUGGGAAUUUCAUUGGGAGGAAGAAAGAACUUUCUGAGCUAGAAUUGAUUCUUUUUGGAAACUUUAGUGGAGAUUCUGAGAGACAAUAUUUUGAAAUCAAGGAGAGAGACUUAGCAAUUUCUGGGAAUAAGAACAGCUCAAAAGACAAACAAAUGAGGGAGCUGCAGAUAAGUAGUGGGCAGAAGAAGGGAAAAGAGCCAAUUGUAUGGAAGGAGUCGGAGAAGGAGAUUGAAUUGGAAGGUUUUCCAUUUUUUCAGAGGCAGAAUCAAUCAUUAGUGCCAAUUCAUGAUUGUAGGUAUAGAAGGAGAAAAAAAUCCAGGAAAUUUUUGUAUGGUAAGGGAAUUGCAUGUGUGUCUGGGUACUCUGGAAUUGGCAAGACGGAGCUUCUUCUUGAAUUUGCUUACAGAUUUCAACAAAGAUACAAAAUGGUAUUCUGGGUAGGUGGGGAAAGCAGGUACAUACGGCAUAAUUAUUUGAACCUUCAUUCGUUAUUAGAAGUUGAUGUGGGGAUUGAGGGCUGUCUUGGAAAAAACAGGACAAGAAGCUUUGAGGAACAGGAAGAGGCAGCCAUUUCUCGAGUAAGGAAAGAGUUUAUGCGAAACAUACCAUUUCUAGUGGUCAUAGAUGAUCUGGAGAGUGAGAAGGACUGGUGGGAUAAUAAGCUUAUAAUGGAUCUACUGCCCCGUUUUGGCAGUGAGACUCAUGUUUUGAUAUCCACGUGCCUUCCUCGUGUAAUGAAUAUAGAGCCUUUGAGACUUUCUUACUUAACUGAGGCAGAAACGAUGUCUUUGAUGCAUGGAAAUCCCGAAGAUUACCCAAGCACAGAAAUUGAUGUUCUCAGGAUUAUUGAGGAGAACCUGGGAAAACUAACCCUAGGACUCGCAAUUGUUGGAGCUAUUCUUUCAGAGCUUCCUAUAAAUCCAAGCAGGCUUUUGGAUAUUAUUAGAAAAAUGCCCUUGAAAGACUUGACAUGGAGUGGCAGGGAAGGACAAUCAUUAGGGCAGAACACCUUCCUCUUGAAACUUUUGGAGGUUUGUUUCUUGAUAUUUGAUCAUGCAGAUGGGCCCAGGAGUUUAGCAUCCAGAAUGAUAGAGGUUAGUGGUUGGUUUGCACCAGCAGCAAUUCCAAUUUCAUUAUUGGCACUAGCUGCUAAAAAGAUGCCUGAGAAACACCGUGGCACCCGGUUAUGGAAAAGGAUUUUACAUUCCAUGACCCAUGGUGUUACAUCAUCUUACACUAAGAGGUCAGAAGCUGAAGCAGCAUCCAUAUUGUCCAGGUUUAAUAUUGCAAGAAGUAGCACCAGACGAGAGCAUCUUCAAUUCAAUAAGCUCAUCAGGCUUUAUGCUCAAAAGAGAGGCGCAAAGGCAGCAGCUGAAGCAGUGGUUCAAGCUGCCAUUAGACAUGGAUCCAUUAGCCAGCACACAGAACAUAUGUGGGCAGUGUGUUUCAUUUUGUUUGGGUUUGGAAAUGAGUCUAGAGUUGUUGAAAUUAAGGUAUCGGAGUUGUUAUUUCUCGUGAAAAAAGUAAUUCUGCCUCUUGCAAUUCGCACAUUCAUAGCAUUCUCUCGGUGUAGCGCCGCUGUUGAACUGCUUCGCCAAUGCACUGACGCAUUGGAAGCCGCAGAUGAAGCCUUUGUUGCACCAGCUGGGAGGUGGCUGGACAAAUCACUCUGCUGGAAGCCAACACAAACAAAGGCAAGGCUGAAUCCUUAUCUUUGGCAGCAACUGGCUCUGUCACGUGCCACCAUUCUAGAAACAAGCGCUAAUCUAAUGCUGCAAGGGGGGCAUUUUGACAUUGGUGAUGAUCUGAUCAGGAAGGCCUUGUUCAUUAGGACCUCAAUUUAUGGUGAAAAUCACCCUGAUGCUAUGUCUGCCCACACUACACUCAGCAGACUCCUUGAGCUUCUUGAAAAUGUUCAGAGAGAUACUUCAUUAUAGCUUCUGUGUUCUGGCAUGCUCGAUUUAUGUUAGACUUCUGCAUUGGUAUGUAACAACUGCACUAGCAUUUCAUAGUAUCACAUGGUUUGUAGUCUAUAGAUAGUUUUAUUUCUUUUCUUUUCUUUAAAAGAUUAUGAAACCUGUAGCCAAAUUUGAUUACUGAUAACAUUAUUCAUUUGAGUC